CAGGGGUUUCCAUCUCACCCCCUCCUGCCCGGCUCCCCAGGCUUGGCCUUGGGCCUCCUCUGCCAGCCUUGUCAUUAUGAAUCCCCCCAGCCUGGUGUGGUUACAGGAGACAAUGAGGUGUGAACACUCAGGGAGAGAGCUCAGCCCUGUGGGCAGUCUGAGAGUCAGGGACACCCUCCUUCCUUCCAGGGCCGGCGGGAGGCAGAGUCUGCCUCAGCCCAAGAGCCCAGGGAAAGAAAGAAAUUACUAAGUUGCUGGCCACCUCCGCGGUCUUUAGGUCAUCACCUGGCCCAUCACCCUGGGGGAGGCUGGAGGGGAGGUCUCCCACUAGGAGCAGCGCCCCGGUGACCUGGCCCUGUGCAGGGGGCUGUGGUGCCCCCUGCAACCAUCCUGUGGCCCCGCAAGUGGAGUAAGGGGUAGGCACGGCCCCUGUGACCUUAGGAGCCUCCCCCAGCCCCUCCUUCCCUCCCAGCCUCUUGGAGGUAAAAGGAGAGGAGCAGCUCAGACUGCGAGGCUGUGGGGAAGAGGUGGAAGGGUGGGGGCAGGGGCUGCGCAGGGAGUUCUUCCCACUGCCCUUCCCUGGCACUUGGGCACCAGUGAUGGGGACCUUUGACCUAUGGACGGACUACCUGGGGCUGGCACGCCUGAUUGGGGCUCUGCGUGGGGAAGAGGAGCCUGAAGCCAGGGUGGACUCCCCGCCUGAGCUUCCGGUGACCACAGCUCCAGAGCCAGAGGGCCAGAAGCUGAGCUCAGAACCCCGAGCCAUCCCCGAGCGGCUGUGCUCCUUCUGCAAGCACAACGGCGAGUCGCGGGCCAUCUACCAGUCCCACGUGCUGAAGGAUGAGGCGGGCAGAGUGCUGUGCCCCAUCCUGCGCGACUAUGUGUGCCCCCAGUGUGGGGCCACCCGGGAGCGCGCUCACACCCGCCGCUUCUGCCCGCUCACCGGCCAGGGCUACACCUCUGUGUACAGCUACACCACGCGCAACUCCGCCGGCAAGAGGGUGGCCCGGCCAGACAAGGUGAGGUCACAGGACACCGGCCAUCACCGCCGAGGAGGAGGAGGAACAGCAGCAACAGCAGGUUCCAAAGGUGCCGGGAAGGUGGCUGCACCUUCGCCUUCCGCUUGCUGUCCCACCACAUCCGCCUAGGAAGCUGGCGCGGAGACGGGAUGCUGCCUCCAUCACCCGACCGGGCUCGCCGGAGGGGAGACUUCGAGAGACCCGCCCGAGGGAACGUCCCCGGGACUCGCCCCCGACCCCGCCCUGGUACCCGAGGCCCCGCCCACCAAGCGCUCAAUAAACACCACUUGGAACACGCA